AUGCGAUACUUCACGGGCGACCGUGCAUAUCGAGACUCUGAAAGAUAUCUAUGGUUUGUUGGAAGUAGAGAUGACGUGAUCAACUCGAUCGGAUAUAGAAUAGGUGAGUCCGUCCAUGCGAAAGACUAUGUCCGUUCGAGGUGGAAUCUACGCUCAAGCUCCAUCCGGCUGCCGUCGAGUCUGACGGUCCACGCGCGUAGAGUGGUUGACCAGGGGCCUGCGGCACGCGAAAACCUGACCAAGGAGCUGCAGGACUUUUGCAAGAAGCACGCUGUCCCCUACAAGUAUCCCAGAAAGAUCGAAUACGUGGACGCCGCGUUCUUGCCCAAGACGAUCAGUGGCAAGAUCAAGAGGGCGGAGUUGAAGAAGCUCGAAAGAGCCAGGUAUGUAAAGGAAAUACGAGAUAAGUUGUAG